AUUGAAUUUUUAAUGUUGCCUAAACGUUAGGGGGAACUGAACAUGAAAUUUAAUUCAGUUUAAAAUAAGGAUUGGACAGCUUUCUUUAAAUUUGACCGCCCCUUUAUUUUAAACCUAAGGCGUUGUCUUGCUCCAAUUUCCGCUCUACUAUCUUUCAGUGGUCGCUUUCGGGAGAUUAAAAACAAAUGAAAAUUUCAAACUUUUAGCACCAAAAGUGGUCGCUGUCGCUUACGAAAGGUGGUCGCUUACAAGAGGUUCCAAAUAUAGUGAUUUGACUUGGAAAUUUUUGGUAUUAUGGAAAACUGGUUUCCGAGGAGAGGUGGUCACAACGGAGGCUCGACUGUAUAUACAUUUUCUCUUGAUAUAUAUGUUUCAAACACAAUGAAAAUAUAACUUUUCUUCAGUUAAUUUCUAUCUCCUUUAUUUCGAAGCCAUUGCCAUAUACUAAAUAUUCACACACGAACUUCAAUGACAAUGACAGUAAGUCAUAUUACUCGGUGCAUAAUUGCCACGAAGGAAAGGUUUCCAUGCAAACUUUUCAAGGAAAGAAAACUUAAACAUUAUUGCGAAUUUAAAAACGCACGACCAAAAUUUACAUCACCUACAGAAAGUAUUUUAGAAAAUUUUAUGUCCAAUUUUAUGAUUUUCUGUUUCGUUAUUUUCUUCUCGUCCGUUUAAAAAUAAUUAGCUGGCAUAUUUCAUGAGAUAGAAGGGUAUGUGUAAUAAUUAAGCAAUAGGGCAAUUUUUCCGUAUUCACAUAUUAAUCUCAUGCAUCUAAACACAAGGGGCGGUGAAUUCGAUAGAGUUAUGCAAACUCGAGACGCAGUGGAGAGUUUGCAUAACUUUAAUUCAUCUAAACACACCAAUUGACCAAUUAGCACGCGCGUUAUAUCUCAAGUAGUAUAUUUAAUAAAUGUUUAUAGAAAUAUGGAAUAUAUCAUAAUUUUCUUUUGUACUGCUGUCCGCUCGCCCGCUACGUUACAGUUCACACUACUGGCAAAUAACGAAAAGGUUAAUGAUUCACGACCAGUGAGAUGCUUCUAAGACGAAGUUCAACAUGCUUUCCUCUGCUGCUCGCUGGACUCUUUGCAAGCUUGUUCGUGGCUUUUUACUUUCUUCAAGUCGAGAAUUCCGAUCUGAGCUCAAUUUUCAAGAAUACACCUUUAAAGCAGCCGGCCAUCCUCUCCAAACGAAAUGAGGAAACUACUUCCCUCUCUUCUACAGAGAAUCUUUUCAAAUUGUACGAUGGAGUGGAGACAUUUGUAAUGUUCAUUGGUUAUCAACGAAGUAGUCACAGCUUAGUGGGCGCCAUAUUGGAUGCACAUCCAGAAAUUAUCAUUCCACACGAAUACGGUUUGAUGUCAAAACUGGGAAGAUACCUGUCACCAGAACUUAAACCGAACAAUUUGCAGAGAUAUGCUUUAUUUUCUGCCCUUCACAAGCUUUCUACGCAACAAGCUAAAUUUGGAAUACGUGCUAGCGCCAAUUAUACUAAAAAGGGUCCAAAAGCUUAUACAUACCACGUACCUGGCUUAUGGCAAGGAGGUUAUCAAAAUAGAAUCAAGGUAAUCGGAGACAAAAAAGGAGGCAAAACAUCGAAGACACUAAUCGAUCCCAACAAUAUGAGUAAACUAGAAGCAAUCCGUCAACUUGUUCAGGUACCAACGAAAUUCAUACACGUCGUGAGAAACCCCUUUGACAACAUUUCCACUAUGACGCUACGUAAGGCAAAUAAACGCAACGCCGCGAGAGAAGAAGGAUUUAAAGCAGAAGCCAAUAGUGCCCUGGAAAGGAGCAUUACACAAUAUUUUGACUUAGCUGCUGCAAAUCAACGCGUCAGGGAACGGUAUGGAGAUGCGGUUCUCGAUAUCCCGGCACACGAAACAGUGCUAAGACCCCGAGAAACGCUACAAAGAUUGUGUGACCAUUUGGGUGUCACGUGUUCUGAGGAUUACUAUGAAAAAUGUAGUAAAAUCAUGUACGGAAGGCCUUCAGUCACGAGGGACAAAGUAGUGUGGAGUGACGAGCAAAUAAAGCGAGUCACGGAGAUGAUGAAAAGCUAUCCUUUUUUUAAGGACUUUUCGUUUGAUAAAUACCCUUCUUGAAAAUGCGUCGAGGGCAACUCAGCUUAACAUGCAGAUGUGCUUAUUUAUUUAUAGCGUAUUGUUCUUUUUCAGUUUAAAUUUUUACUUGCAAAACAGAUAAUUACUUACAUUACUUUCAGAAUGGAUUGCUCACAUCACGAUCACUUCUUAUAUUACUUCAGUUUACACUUUAACUAACUCACUCAAUCUCUUACACACAGACUCACACACGCACACACACACACACACACACACACACACACACACACACACACAAAACAGAACUACAGAAGUGUAAUUUUGGGGUUUCCUUUAAAUUUAUUUAAAUGUAUCAUGAAACAGAAGAUGUCUCUUCAAAUAUUAGGCCGGUUAGAACUAGCUAGGGUUUAAUUUGUCGCAAGAGAAUAUUCUAAAUUUCAAUUUUGUAAUCCGGCGAUAAUGUAUACUUGCCAAAGGGAAAAUUGAUGCUGAAUACAUAAUCGAAACUGCUACUAGAUAAUAAAAUUAUAUCAGUUCAGGAGCCCAUCACUAGGAGCGUGCAACUCCCAUACUAAGCCAUGGCAAUGU